UAAAUGGAAUAUUGUUGGAUUUUUAAGUGAAUGCAAGUUGACAACUAUAAGAUCGAAGAUAGGACUUUACCUUAAAUGUCUAGAGACAAUCAUUAAUACUGAAAAAGGCAAAAGGCACAAGAAAGCGGAGAACCUGAUCAAAAAGUAUAGGGAGGGUGAUAAAGCUGACUACAAACUUGCUAAGGACUGGGAGUUAGAAAAAAUGCCGAUUAACAUUCAGAAUACAUUUUCGAGCUGUAAUCAAACAAUUGGUAUCGUCAAUGAUGUUAAUGGAACAUCUAAAAAAAGAGAACAAAAGGAGAAUAAUUAUGAAGAUCAAUACAAGAAAAGAAAAAUUCAAACAAAAAGCGGAAUAAUAAAUAUACUGAAUGAUCAGAGAUAUUUUGAAGAAAUAAUAGAUGAUGUAUCAGAUUUGGAUAUCGAUGCUUUUGAAAGUUCCUCUAAAGUAGGGUCUCUUAGUGGUUUACGUAAACCAAAUGAUGAGUUGGUUGUUCAAGAGAAUUUUGAAUAUAACGAAGAGAAAAGGGAUAUUCAAGAUGAUGAGACACCUUCAGUAGCUCCAAGUACCAUCAAAACAGAAAGGAUUGUUGAAUCAAAUAAAAAGACACUCCAAGACUUGCUCGGUAUUAAAUAUUCAGAAAAUAUGCAAUUAAUUUGCCAAUAUCACGAUAAGACAUACCCAGAUGAAAUCUUACUUGAUUUACGUCCCAACUCAAUAUUUAGCAAGGAACUUCCCUUAGAUAUUUUGUCGCCAUAUCUAAAGAAGCUCGAUGAUAAAAUCGAGAACUUGAUUCUAUCCCACAUACAUGAAUUCUUGACCCAAUUUUUCAAACAAAAUUUGACGGGCGAAGAUUGGCACACAAAGAUUGAUGAUCUGCAAUGUCAAAAUUGUAAUGAUUUGUUAAUGGUAUCAGUCAUACGAAUUUUGCGUAGAACAUUACCACCAUUUAUUAUAGCAUUUUCAUUGGGACCAAGAAAUCCUCUUUUGAAUUUGACGACACUGGAAAAACCGCAUUUAAACAACUUUGUACAUCCCUGUUUACAAACUUGUUUAUGGUAUAUUUCAUCCAUAAAUUAUGAGUUUGAAGAGAUAAGAACAGAAAAUUAUAAAAAUCAAUGCGCGGACGGAGUUGGCUACUUAAAUACUGCUGAUAAAUACUAA